GGACUGGUUUUUCUUUUCAGUUCUCAGCGGCGCGGGGUUUCUGUUCUACCCCGGCCCGAGCCUAGCGGCUUCAAGUUGGACGGAAUCCGGGCGGGGGAGACGCUCCGAGAGCUUUUCAGAGGCAGCGGCUACAGAAGGAGCAGGAAGGGGAGGAGGAGGGCUGGAUCGGCGGGGUGAAGUGGAAGUUUAACAAAGACAGCUUACAAGUAUAUGGAAAGAUGGUUAGAUCACGGUCAAGAUCACCACGAUGGAAACGAAGAUCUUUAUCACCAGUCUUCAGAGCACAGGAAUACAAUAGACAACGGCAUUAUCACAUUGAUUAUGACUCUGAAUAUAAGAUUUUCCAAAAAGACUCAAAGAAACUUAUAUCUUGGAGAAUGGAAGAGGCAAAACAUGGGCAAACCAAUCCCAGAUAUAUACCACAUGAAACUAAUUAUCAUCGAUUUCAUGAAUCCAGGUCAUAUUCCCCUUCUCUGAAAAGAAACCCCUCAGAAGACAUUGAUAAUCAUAAAUCUUUUAGAACAUAUUCACCUGAAAGAAAUGAAAGUAUCAGAAGAAACCAAUUUAGUUCCAGAUAUUUAGAAAUGUCUCACAAAGAACACCAUCAGUCAUUUUAUCCAUCUAAAGUACAUGUCAGAGAAAUGCAUGAAGAUACUCGAGCUGUUGGAAACACAAAAGAAACUAAGACAUAUCAUAGGCCAUUAAAGACUUUAUGUAAGUUUGAAAGGAAGUGGAAUGAAAAUGACUUGAGGCACCACCAAUUACAAGAAGACGAAUAUGUUCAGUCAUCUCGAAGAUUUUCUAAUGAAUGUAUGCCAAGGAGUUCUUCCAAGAAGAGGUAUCCUGACCGUGAUUACAGAGAAUAUGGGCCCAGCUCUAAAAAGGUGAAUGAAAUGGAGAGGUAUGAUAGAGAAUCCGCAAGCAGUUCCAAAUGGAAGCAAAACUAUUCUUCCAAUCAGAAAAAGGAAGAACAAAGAAAUCUUGAAGAUCAAUGGCAGGCGGAAAUUGAAUACAGUAAUAAUUGUGAAGCUAAGGUUACAUAUGAGUAUUCUCAUAAACGUCAUAGACAUCCAGAUGGAGGAAAAUACUCCUCUGAUGAAAAAGCAGAGAAAUAUGUCAAGUUGGACAACGAGAAAUACAGCUACUGUAAAGGAGUUUGGAGUAGUAAAUAUUCAGAUCAUUAUAGCUGUAACAGGGCAAGCCGAAUGGGACAGCCUCACACUGAAGUGGCAGUGAAAUAUAAUUCAGGGAAAGGCCACAAUUCAUGUGUGAAAUCAGAUCAAAAUGAAAAAGAACGAAUACAGAAAGAUUUGGAUUUUAGGGGAAGAAUAGAUUUUUCCAGCAACUACCAGCAUGAUACUGGUAGUUCAGAUGUUCAUGCUAGGAAAGAGAAACUCACUGUCAAAGUGGAUAUGAAGAAAACAAUACAUAAAUACAGGGGAGCUUCUGGUCAUAUCAUGGAGAGGCAGACAUCAUGUGACCUAGUAGCUGUGGGUAAAAAACCUGAAAGUUUUCAUCCUGUAUUUGAACAUAUAAAAUCUGUGACACAGAAGGUAGAACAAAACCCAUCAAAAGAAUUUGCUCAGGAAAUCAUCACAAUUAUCCACCAAGUUAAAGCAAAUUAUUUUAAAUCUUCUGACCUAACUUUAAAUGAGCGCUUCUCAAAAAUACAAGAUAUAUCAGGGGCAAAUGAAGUUAAAAGAAAUUUGGAUCCAGAGAUUCACAGGAGGAUUGAUAUGUCUCUGGCAGAACUUCAGAACAAACGAGCAAAUUCAUGUGAGUCUGGACAGAAUGUUGUGAGAGUUCUAGAGGACCCAAAUGAUUUAAGACAUGAUAUAGAGAGGCGAAGAAAACAGAGACUGGAGAAUGAAGAUGAAAAUAUAUUUUACAUUAAUAUCCCACAAAGAGCCAUUAUACUGAAAAUUCACAUGCUGAUGUUGCAACCAAUAGAUUUAAAAGACGAAUUGAAAAUCCUGAAACAAUUCAAAGACCCAUCAAGUACAGUUUUAUUGAUGGGCGUCCUCACUGCAGAUCAAAUUUAGUACAAAGGGGCUUGUAUAUACAGGCUAAAUAUCAGCGGUUACGUUAUGCUGGUGCAAGAGGAAUUACCACUUAUAAAAUCAGAGAAGAACUUUUGCAGAAACAGUAGGUAAAUGAAUUAUUUUGGGUGAAAAUUCGAAUGGUUGUCAAGAAAAAUAUUUUUAUGGUAAAUGACAAGAAUUCCACAAAUGGACAACAAAAUGAAGUCUAAAUACAAGUGACUGUAUAGAUGACAAUUAUACCAUCACUGCAAUCAAAUCAUGGCAAAUUGUACAAAAAGCGUAAUAAAACAGUUGUCAUUAUCCUGAUAAAUGUCAAAGAUAGAAAUUGAAAGGCUUUUUUUAUUGUAACAAUUACUUACACAUUUUUGAUGCAAGUAGGAUUUAUAAGCUCUGUUUUCCCGAAAAUAAGACCUGCCCAGAAAAUAAGCCCUAGCCUGAUUUUUAAGGGUGUACCUAAUAUAAGCCCUAUCCCAUAAAAUAAGGUCUAGUGAAGUGGGUGGGCAUGGCCAGUAAAGGAGGCAGCCCAACCACAUUUCCCCUCAAACACGGGUAGCAAUCCCUGAGGUGGUGCUGAACAUGGCGACUCCUUCCUUCCCCAGUCAUCUCAUGGAGGCUUUGCCCCUUAAUCGCAGCCCUGCAGAUCGGCUGAGGGCCUGAAGCUGCCUCUCAUUCUGUCUCUCCAGGCUCCUGGAGGUGUUUCCGUCACACUCUUGCCAGCCCCAGCACUGCCUGUAACACCAGGUAACCUUGUAGCUGAGGGCCCCUUCCGCAGCUCACUUUGUGGCUCUGGAACAGGCGGCAACCACGGUUUGCACUGUGCCAGGCCUGGAGUUUGGGUCUUGUUCAGGCUGCUGCUACCAUUCAAGGCAGAAGGCCAUGCAGUGCAUCGGAAUCCCCACUGUGCCUCUGCCUGGCUGCUAGGCCUGCUGCACCUGCUGCUGCUGGCUUCGCAGUGGCUCUUUGUUCUCCUGACUGCACUGCUCUCAGCCGGCCUGCUGGACUACUCCUGCCUGGCGUGGGGCAACUCGGACCAGAUCUACGACCUCUGGAGCACCUCCCCCGCCACCGGCCUGCCAGGGCCCCUUCACCAGUAGUCGUCAUUGGAGCGACGGAGGGAGGGGAAGAUCUCUCCUUCCUCCUUUGUGCCCUAAAACCCCAUCUUCCCUGGCCGCCGAGCCAGCCUGCUGGGACAAGGGUUAAUCAGCAGAAGCUGUGGAGACCUCCAGCCUUGCAAUCCUACAUAGGGAAUGCGGAGGUUUGCUUCUGAACUGCCACAGAGCAUUGCACUGGGAAGCCUCUGUAGGUAACAUUGAGUUACGCAUCUUGCUCCAGCCAGAAGGUUGCAGGCCAAAGGCUCAGCCAGGUAAGACAGGGUUUUGUGGCACAAAGGAGGAAGAGGCGAUUUCUCCAUCUCUCCUCCCUCCUUCUGCAGAGCCACCAUGGAGCUCACGCAGGUCAGGGCAGGGGUGCAGCCCAAAGGCAACAGAGGGCGAGGCAUUGCUGAUCCACCGGCGACACUGGCAAAGGAGCUCUGGCAGGCCAACAGCAGGAGAGGCACUCUGGAGGUCGUAGAUUUGGGCUGAGUUGCCCUGUGCCAUGCAGGAGCAGCCCAGCAGGCUGAGAGCAGCAGCAGCAGGUGCAACAGGCCCAGCAGCCGGGCAGAGGCACGGGAGGGGGAGCUGAUCCUGACGCACCGCACAGUCUUCUGCCUUGUAGCAACAGCCUGAGCAAGAUCCGAGCUCCAGUGUCCCAGGAGCAGCAGCAGGGGCCGGGGUGUGCUGAGUGCUUGAACCAUUGCAGGUGCAGGCAAGUAGACAGAGGGCAGGGACGGCGGUAGCAGCACUCCUGCUUCUGUCAGUCCUCAUGCUCACCGCCUCCUGUAGGUGAAAAUAAUAUGACAUCCCCCGAAAUAAGUGCUAGUGCUUAUUUUUAGCCCAAAAUAAAAUAAGACCGGAAAUAUGGUACAUACCAUAUGAGCAGUGGUGAAAUGUAAAAUUUGUUACUACCGGUUCUGUGGGCAUGGCUUGGUAGUGGGGGCUAAUGUGACUAAGUGGGCAUGGCCAAACUCUUCUUGAUUUUAAAGCAUUACACUGCUGUUAUUCCUUCCUUAGAUUUUAAAGCUAAAGGCUUUAAUUCUAAGGGAAAAAAUAUAACUGGAUAGCUUUCAAUAAACUAUGGUUCUGCUGAGUUUUCUCCUUUUUUUCUUUUCAUUCUGUUUAUAAAACGCACUUUCUCCCCCUAAAAGUGGGUUAAAAUUGCAGUGCGUCUUAUACACCAAAUGUUGCCAAAGCCCCGCCCACCCACUGGCCAUUUUCUGCCUCUGCGCAUUGCGUUUUUGGCCUUUGCACGAUCUGUUUUAGGCUGUGAUCCCUGCCACCUGAAACUGGCCAAAAAUGCAAUGCCUAGAGGCCAAAAAUGUGAUGCAUGGAGGCGGUGAUCAGCUAAAUCAGGCGAUAACCAGGCUGUUUGCUUUUUGCUGCAAGGACGCUAACCAGAUGAAUACCGAUGGAUGCUGGUAGACAGAGGCACAAUUUUUUUUCUUGUUUUCCUCCCCAAAAACUAAUGUGUGUCUUAUACCCCAGAGUGUCUUAUACUCUGAAAAAUACAGUGUAUUUUUUUUUCUCUCUUCUCAGUCUUGUAAAGAAACAAAGAAUCAUUAAUUGAGAUUUUUUUUAAGUUGGGCAAAGUGACAAUCCUUUUCUUCCUUUUUCCUGACUAGAAAAUAAAGCCAUCUUGUGUUCACACACAUGGUACUAAGCUUAUAAUGUAAUUGGGUUGAUUUUGGCAAAAGGUAUGAAUGAAGUCAUUAAAGGUUAGCAUUACGUAGAAUCCAAACCACAAUAGUUUAUACAACAAACAUGAUUAAAUCCUCAUGUAGUAAAUGCAAUUGGGAAGAAUGGCUUGGUUCACAUUCAAUAUUAAGCUUUAAAUUCUAUUUAUAAGCCAAUGACUGAGUUUUAUCAAUUACACUACACCAGAACUACUCAAAAAACAUUAUGACUUAAUGUAUGAACCUACCCAAUGUGAUUCUGCCUAAACAAAACAUGUUCUUUCCAAUGUAACCCUACUUAACUAAACUAGUAUGAAGUACUUGAAAUUGUCUUUGCCUUUGUUUCCAGGAAGGGUUAGUGCUGUUAGUGCAGAAUUGUGUUCUAGAGGCAGAAUCAGAUGCAGAAAAGGUUUUAUACAUAGCCUCUAUUGUUAUGAAAGUUGGACACUGACCCAACUUACAUGACUACCUGUGGUAAUCAUUGAUUGCUCAGCUGAGGGCAAUAUAUUUAGUUGACAGCAUUUUACAACAUAGUUAUAUUUGUAUAAGUGGAACUAUUUAGGCAGAGUGAAUGUUUCUAAAUAGGUUCUUAGUGUUUUCCUAUAGUUAACAUUCAGAAUGUUUUAUUAUCAGAACCACUUUAAGUAUCUAUAAAAUUGCAUUUAAAAUUAAUGUACAGAAAUAAAAUAUUGCUAAUAGCAAACUCCAGAAACCUAGCAAUUAUAUAGGAUUUCGAAGAUAUUUGAUACAACAGCAUGUUUUUCCAAUCCCUUUAGAGUUCUUUUGGGUGAAGUUUAUGAGGAUUGUUAAAUGUAGUAGCACUAGUAAAAUUUUAAAAUUCAAAAUUAGCUUUAGAAAAGUUAAACAAAUAAAAAUAUGAAGCAGCAGAUUAAUACUUUUUGCUAACAAAUUAGAAACUUUUGUGUAUAUUUAAUUUAUUUUUUAUUCCUUUCACAGGAACUGGACAUCUGAACUACAGUACUGAAGUAGAUAACAAGAGUAAUUAUAGAAGUAACUUUGUAUUAAAUAAUGCUAUCAAGGAUAGAUCUAAUACUUUAACUUUUCUUGAUAAAGAUAAUUUUAUUUUUAGUAGUAUAAUGUUGCAGGUCUUUUCUAAAGUUUUAAUAAUGCUUUUCAAAAAUAGCUUUCAACUGAAUAUUGUAGGAUUGUCAUUUUGUUCCUUGUAAAGAGAAGUCUAGGGAAAAAAAUCCCACCUGAAGGAAAUCUUUAUUUAUUAUCAUUUUUCCUCUAAGCAUGGUUUUGUUGCUAGGAAUUCUUAUACAUAAAGUUUAUAUGUUUAAAGUUUAUUGCUUAUAUAAUAAACAAAGAAAACCAA